AAACAUAACCUUCUAAAUCUUCCAUAGACAAACUAGUUGAUUUGUCGUAAAUGGAAAAAAGUUGAUUUAUUUAAUCCUCGAAACGAUCAGAUUUGAGUUGAAUGAUGCAAUUGCGAGAAUCGACGAAGAAAUCCUUGCGUCUCUUGAAUAACGCGAAGGUGGUAAGCGAUGAAACUUGUAAAAAACUUCUGGACGAUUGUUUUUCUGUUCUUGGUGGCGGUGAAGAAUUACAUGCUAAUGCUUCUCUGUUUGGUUCGAAACCUGACCUCGUCAAAGAACUGUAUGCCAACCUGCUUAUCGCCACUGCAGAGUUUGUUAGAAAUGGUGCCAGUGAUGAGGAUGUCAGGCAAUAUUUACUUGAAGAAUGUAAUGUUGGCCAGGCGAGGUCAGAUUUAUACAGUAAGCUCUAUUCCGUGCAUAAAUUGGGCGUUGAGAUAACUCUGUUGAACAUUGGAAGUCACCCUCCUCAUGUUGUCGAUGUUGAUUGGAAAAUUGAUUUUGUAGUGAAGUCGAAUAGUCUGGAUCAGUGCGGAGGUCCUAUUUUUCGAAUAGGUUUCACAAUGGAAAAGUUCGAUGAAGGAAUGGGGUGUAAGAAAACAGAAUAUUUAAAUUUCACGUGCAAUAGUCAAGAAAUGCAAGAUCUUGUUUACAAAUUGAAAGAUGCCGUAAGACAUUGUCAGAGAAUGAGCACCGAUCUUUGAUAGCUGAGAGUAAGGUAUGUGCCCCAAAGUAUACUCUUGUGACAAGUGUCUCUUUCAAAUUUCCAUUUUGAGAGAGUUGCAUUUCGACAUAUUACGACAAAUAAGUAAACCAUUGAAUUUCUAUGUGAAUAAAAGAUUUAUGCUAAGCAUAA